AUGGUGUUGAAUGAUUGCCCGGACUCAGAAGUAAUUGGUUGCGGAUUCAGUGCUUUCAAAGAAAUUGACGAAGUCAGUUCGUUGAUCGCCGAACUGAAGAAACCUGAUCUCUCCUCAAGCCUCAUCGAGAAGAACCGAGAUCGAUUCAAUUUCAUUCUAUCGCAGUAUCAGGAUCAGAGACAGUUACUGGAUCCUUAUUUGGAUGAUAUUUUACAACCUCUGAUCAGUAUCUGCAGGGACGAUGGUUCUACAGAAAGUAUGCGGCACAAUGCCUUCAAGUAUAUCUUUAUCGUUAUGUCCGUCAAAACGUACAAGAACAUCGUCACAUAUCUUCCGCACGAGGUGACAGAUCUCCUGCCUGUUCUGCGUAUGCUGGAGAAACAAGAUCCAAAUGACGUGGAAACAUGGGAAACCCGAUACGUGCUUCUAAUUUGGCUGUCGAUAAUUUCAAAGAUACCCUUCCCACUGUCACGGCUAGAAGUUUCAGAUAUAAGUGCAGAGCAGUCAAUAAUAGGCAGAAUUUUAAAGAUAUGCAAAUUGUAUUGCCUGACAACGGAUGCUUGCGCGGUAGCUGCAGUCUUUUUAAUUGCCAGCUUCCUAACACGAUCGGAUGUUAAGAAAUUAUAUUUGGAAGAAACUAUAAAAUGGAGUUUGCAAUGUGCAGAGGAUGACCCGUUCCGGCACGGUUCCUUAGCAGUCAUAGCAGCGAUAUUAAAGCACAGUGCGAGAGAGGAUGUCAAGCCGUACACGCAGAUGAUUUUAGAUAAAAUCUUGCAACUUCAUCUGAACGACAAUCCUGCUGAUCUCGUUCGGAAGUACGGUAUAAAGGUUGUACAGAGAAUUGGACUAGUGUUACUAGGAACCAAACUGGCUUCGUGGAGGUACCAAAGAAUUAGCAGACCUAUUUGCCUAGCAGCGUCUAAUGUUAAGAACAUGGAAGUUGAUAACACCCAAACUAUACUAGAAGAUGUUAAAAAUGAGAUUCCAUUGAAUCAUGAAGAUCAGGACAUCCCACCAGUGAUAGAAGAUAUAAUAGAACAGUUGAUACAAGGCCUCAGAGAUAAAGCGAUUACGAUACGAUGGUCGGCGGCGAAAGGAAUCGGUAGAAUAACCGCGAGAUUACCGAUGGAUUUAGCGGAUGACGUCUUAGGAUUCGUGUUGAACGUGUUUUCUGGCAGAGAAUCGGAUUCCGCUUGGCACGGUGGUUGCUUGGCAUUGGCAGAACUAGGGAGACGCGGACUUCUUUUACCUUAUCGAUUGAACGACGUGAUACCAGUUGUUCUCCAAGCUCUAGUAUUCGAUGAACUGAGAGCUUACGGAUCGAUCGGUUCCUCGAUCAGAGAUGCCGCGUGUUACAUUUGCUGGUCAUUUCCUAGAGCGUACGAUCCUGACAUAAUUCAACCGUACGUUCAGAAAAUAGCAGCCACGUUGUUGGUCGUCACUUGCUUCGAUAGGGAAAUUAAUUGUAGAAGGGCUGCUUCCGCAGCGUUCCAAGAAAAUGUAGGAAGGCAGGGAAAUUUUCCUCACGGCAUCGAAAUACUUACUAUUGCUGAUUAUUUUGAAGUCGGUGUUAGAAACAAUGCGUACUUAAAGAUCAGUUCGCAAAUUGCGCAAUAUGAAGAGUACACAAAGCCUUUGAUCGAUCAUCUGAUCGCGAUGAAAGUUACGCAUUGGGAUACGGCGAUCAGAGAACUAUCGGCUAAAGCUCUUUUCAAUUUGACGCCGAUCGAUCCAGUUUAUAUGAAGAAUACAGUUUUACCGAAACUGUUGGACAUGCUGGAUUCCAUUGAUUUAAACGUUAGACACGGCUCAGUAUUAGCUAUCGCGGAGAUUCUCGAAGCGUUGUGCAAUUGUUGUAACGAGAAAAUCGAAAACGUAAUCGGACCGUCGGCUGUAGAAGACGUGAAAGAUAUAGUCAGCACGUUUAGGAAAAGAGGACAGUUCAAAGGUUUGGGAGGUGAACUGAUGAAACAAGCGUGCGCCGUUUUGAUCAAGAAGUGUUCCGUCGUUCAUUUCCCGAUUUCCAGAGAAAUCAUUGAUGAUUGGCAAACUCUUCUGGAGGAAUGUUUAGGUCACGAAGUUUUUGCAGUGAAAAUGAAAGCGGCUGAAGCGCACACAGAAUUUUUCCGAAAGUAUUACGCGAAUAUGGACAAUUCAGAACGCGACAUCGUUAUCAAUCGUUACCUAGAUAACUUACAAUCGAACAAUCAACUUAUCCGAAUAGGUUUCACACAAGCCAUAGGCUACUUUCCUCUGUUUAUAAUUUGCGAAAGGGUGAAGGAUAUAAUAGAAGCACUUAUUAAAUGUACACAAAUAUCGGAAAGCACAUUGAAAUGGGCAGAGAGUAGGAAAGAAGCUAUAUAUGCACUGAUCAAGAUUUGCCAAACGCUAGGUGCAAAAGAAGCAGACAAGUGGAGCGUGUAUGUUCGCGAUUUAUAUGACUGUUAUUUACAAUCUCUGAAAGAGUAUACUAUAGACAGUCGUGGAGAUAUUGGUGCCUGGGUGCGAGAAGCAGCGAUGACUGGUUUACAUACGUUAACGAACUUGGUGUUGCAAGCAAAACUAUUUUCUGUGUUAGACGAAGAGCUAAUGGCAAAUAUAAUUGGAGGAAUCGCGCAACAAGCCGUUGAAAGGAUCGAUGGAAUUCGAGCACAAGCGGGAACCGUGUUCAGCGCUCUUAUCCACAGCCAUCCUCCUUUACCAAACAUUCCAUACCACGCUGAAUUAAAAAAUAUUUUCCCUUACAACGAGUGCAAACAGGAUAUAGAAUGGCGAAUGGAGUCUGCCACCUUUCCACGAUUCGUUCGAAUGUUAUCUUAUCCUCCUUAUACGAUGAACCUUUUGCGAGGAAUUAUAUUUAGCGUCGGUGGCUUAAGUGAAUCUUUGGUCAAGUAUUCCAGUGUUUCCUUGUUCUCUUAUUUACAAGAGAUAGAUGAAGAAGGCCUACGAAGCCUUUGCCAUAAGAUUUUAAACAUCUUCGAAGAGAAUCACAAGAACGAAAGAAUGAUCACGUCGAUUCUAGCUUUUCUCGAUCGCUUACUCAGUUCCGGUUGUAUUCAAAUCGUCCUCGACGAUUCGCAGAACGGAAUUGCCGAACAGAUUUUGAUGCUACUUAAACGAGAGAUUCACAAUACGGGUAACACUAAGUUGUUAAUUAGCAGUAUGAACGUAUUUUGUCAACUCUUACAGAUACAUGGACCAGUUGCGAAGAGAGCGUUUUGUCAACUGAGCAUUUUUCUCUGUCACAAGUUCAAAUGUAUACGAAAAGUAGCCGCGACGAAAACGUACGAGGCUUUAACGCUCUAUGGGGAGGAAAUGGAUGUACCAGAACAAGAUUUGAUGAAAAUAUUGGUCGUAUUAAAUGAAACCGACUGGGAGCAAUCGGUAUCUGAACUGAGACCGACGAGAAAUCAUCUUUGCGAUUUAAUGAAAGUUUCUGCUCCCGUUUUGCAAAAUAAACUUGCGAACUGA